UGGAAUUUGUUUUUAUCUCACUUCAAAUUUAUUGCCGUAAAAACUUAUUAUUGACUAAUUUGUAGUUCACAACUAAAUCGAAAUAUUAAAUAAUUGUAUUUAUAUUUCUGGUUUUAAACUUUUACUCCUAUUAUAAUUUGAAUUUCCUCUUUUUAUUUAAGAAUUUCACAAUUUUCAUUCUGUUUUAAUAUCCUCCUUCUCAAAAUUGAGACGAUAUCAAUGGAAAAGUAUUUCAAGAUGGAAGAAAACUCAGAAGAUAUUACUUUUUUUACUUUAUUGUUCAUAACUGUCGUACCAAUCUCAUAUGUCAUCUUUAGAAGAAAUAUUAUCAAGAUUAUGUUCUCGGUAAAUUCAUUAAGGGAUAAGAAAGCAAUAUCCCAGUUAGUUUUAAUGGCACUCUUAAUGAUUUUAAAUGUUAACCUUAUCAUAUCAUUCACUACAAUGUUAUACAAUAGUCUGCAUAUUCAAUCAUAUUUGUUGGAAUCGCAAGAGAAAACAUUUGGAUUAAGAUCAACCCCAAUAUCAGAAGGAAUUGCCAAAUUUCAUUUUAAACCAGUGAAAUUACAAACUUUUUCAAACAUGGAAGAUACAUUUGAUAUUGAUCUUGCUUUUCCUAAAAAUAAUCAAGGUGGUCAAGAAGUCUUAAAGGAAUUUUAUCAUUUGAAAUGUCCUAGAGUUUCCUUUUAUGAUUCAUUCUCCUUAAGUGCAUCUACAGAAUUAACUAAUUUGGAUAAUAAUGAUGAAUUGUUAAAGAUUAGAAACAUUGCUCUAGACAUGCACGAAAAGCAACAAUAUUCACUCUUAAAAUUUGCCUUCUUAGACGCUCCUGAUGAAAGUUUAGAAUAUAUAAUUCACAGAAAAUGGUUUAAAUUCUGUACUGCUCCAAUUUGGAUGGAUAAAUAUGAAAUUUAUAUUGCUCUUAAUAGAGUCACAUAUUGUCCUAAUAAAGUUUAUAAAGAACCGAAGAUUUCAUUAUUAUAUGCCCAAAUAUUUGAUAGAGAUUGGAACGAAUUAAAAAAUUAUGUUAUUAAUGAUAUUCAUGGUGAACCGAUUGUAUUUCCAACUAUUUUUCCUGCUCAAGUGGAUGACUUGGGUGAUAGAUCACUUUUAGGCCCUGAAGAUCCAAGAGUUAUUAUAAGAGAUUAUUUCAAUGAAAAAACAGGAGAAAUGGAUCAAGAACCAGUCAUUAUUUUUAACACUUUAGUUAAAAAUCAAGGCGAAGCAAGAUGUAUGCAUAUUUAUCGUCCCUUCACUCACAGAACUAAAACGGUUAGAAUGGAUAUUCAUAAUAUUAAAGCUAAGUAUAUUGAAAAGAAUUGGUCUCCUUUUUUCAAUACGGAUAAAAAUUUUAUUUAUUUUCUUUAUGGAUUAUUACCAUUCAGAAUUUUAAAAUGUGAUAUUCAUAAUGGAGUUUGUUUUGGUGUGACUGGACCAGAAGUUGAUCCACAUGAAGAGGCGAGACAAUUAUCAGGAAGCUCAAAUUUAAUGGAAAUUCCAUCUAAUCUUUUACCAAGUGAUUUAGCUAAAUAUAGAAAAAUUUGGUUUGGUAUCAUUAGAUCUCAUAUUUACAAAUGUGGAUGUUUGAAACAAGUUUAUAGAUUCCAUGGAGUAUUGAUUUCCACUAGAGUUGAUGAUCCAAAUGAUGUUUUCACUGUUGAUUAUAUUACAUCAUUAUUAGAUUUCAAUAUUAAUCCUGAAGCUUGGGAUUUGAAUUUGGAUGAAUACAAAUGCAGUGAUGGUAAAUCGGUUUUAAUUCCAAAUUCAUUAGCAUAUUGGGAUUUUAUACCAAAGAAUUUAUCUAAUCUGGAAAACCAAUAUGGUGAAGAUAUAAUGGGGAUAGCAUUUUCUGAAGCUGAUAAGAAUAAUAAAGUGAUUCAUAUAAAGGGAAUGCUUGCUCAUCUCUCCAAAGUCUUAAAUGGAAAUAAGCAUAGAUUUAGAACUCAUUAUUUAAGAGAAUCUAAAAAUGUUUUAGAAACCGAUUUCUUAAGUGAAUGUGCCGUAGAAGAAGCUACUGAAUAUUGUUUAACUAGUGAAAAAAAAUUUGAAUGGCUACGCAAACCUCAAAUUGAAAUUGAACUUGAAAAAGCAAAGAAAAUAGAAGACAGACAAAGAAAGGCUGCCGAAAGGUUAGCUCAAAUAGAGUCUGGGGAACUCAACGAUAAAGAAAUAGAGUAUCUUCUUUGGUUAAACAAGGAAGAUCAGCUUGAGGAAGAAGCAGAAAAGCAAAGAGAAGAAGAUGAAAAACUUUAG